GUCAGUAAACGUUUAUUAAUAAACCCAUGAAAUUGUUACGUAUUUGUUGUAUUAGAACAAAUGUCUUAUUUUAUAUUUUGUCUAUACACUUAAGUACCAAUUGGUUUAGAUACAUUCUACAGUUUUUUGUUUUCUUUCUCCUCUUUUAUGCUGAUGUUUUAAGGUUACAAUGUGAAUUUUCAUUAUUGAUUAUAAGGUUUAAAUUUAAAUUCCUAGUUGUCAAUAAGUCUUCAAAAUUUUCAAUGCCAAGGUGUGGACACACUUGUCCUAAAGUGCAAGAACAACUGAGACUUUUAGCACAAAAAGCAGAGGCUCGAGAAUUAGAAGAAAAUAACACCAUUUACAAUGAGCCACCAGCCGAUUCUGAGGGUACCGAGGUACAAACUAGCGACGAGACAUCCAGUAUCUCAAAUGUGCCCUCGGAAUCCACAGCCCCAGAGAGAGAUGAGGAGCCAACGAGAUCGAUACUGGCUUCGAUUCCAUCCUCCAGGGGAACGGCUAUAAUUCGCAGCAAAAGUACGAGAAGUCGGCCGAGUGAGCACAGCCAGUACCGCACGUCCUACAGAAGCUUGGUCGGAACAGCGAUCGUAUCGAACCGUAGUGUCCAUUCGUCACGUCCCGUUGAAAGAAUUGCAGAGGAAUUGCCAGAGACAAAAUCCGAGCAGAACCAGACGGAGAUCGACCGAUACUACUUGAACAAAGGCUCCAAUUACUUUGAAGACUUUUGCGGCUGCUCGUUAGACUGCGUUUUAGCCCAGGUGGCGCGAGACAAAUUCAUACGGAGCACCCUGGCGUCAUUAGCAUUUUUCGCCUUUGGUAUCAAGUUGUGCAUCGAGCUGGACGCCUGGACAAUACCUAAUUCUUUCUUUUGACGCGUUUUUCAAAUCAAACGGUCGAGUCUUCCUCGUGCAUUUCCUGUAAUUUGUAUAGUGGUUUCCUGUGAUCAAUAGCCGUCGCGAGGUUUGUCAGUAGACAAUAGGGAAGGCAAAUUCUGUUGUGGGAAUGAAAUAAAGUGAGUUUGUUAAAAAAAAAAAA